AAUGGAUUUGGAUUUCGAGGAGCAACUACUCAAUGCCAUCCGCUACUGCGAUCCGAAAAGGCUCGUUAAAGCUUUAACUACGCCGAAUGCAGCCAACAAUAUUGUCGAACUGGAUCUUAUCUAUUUAUUACUGCGAAAUCAAGAAACUGACAAGUACAAUGAUGAAUUACUUCAGUGUAUUCGAAUUCUUUUAUCACUAGGUUGUCCUGUUACGGAGGAUAGUCUAAGUGAACUAACAUUGAUUAAAGAUAAUUUCAAUGUAAUACGAUUGCUACUGAAUUUAACAAUAUAUGAAAAGAAAUUUGAACCAGCAUUCAACUAUUUUUCAUAUAUCUUUUCAUCUAAUUUUGAUAUGACGAUUCUACUCUAUUCAGUGGGUUAUCGACCAAAUUCUGAAUUUCAGAAAAAACUGCCGCAAUCUAUACAAAAUAUGGCCAAAGAGCCGAAUAAUCUACAGAAAUCCUGCAAGUUGGUUAUAAGAAGGGUAAUCGGUAAGAACUUAAUGGCUUAUACACGGGUACUACCCAUUCCACAAUUAUUAAAAGACUACUUGGUUGGUGGACAAUUAUUGUAA